GUCCAUUUCUCAUCCAUCUCAGCCCAUCUUUAUUUAGAACCGCUUUGCUCUUCUCCAAAAUGUUUCAACCUAAAGCAAUCCCUUAAAAUUAUUUGGCUAUAUAAGCUGUAAUCAUCAUUUGUAAUAACAUAUUAAGAGAGAAAGUUAAUUUCUGAAACUUGGGUCAUCUUCAUCGAUUAACUCCUCCAAAUUAAAGACAACGAAAAAAUGGAACUGGAUUCGGACAGCAAGUUAUUAAAGACGGGUUUGGUUAUAGUGGCGACACUUGCUAUAUCCAAACUCAUCUUCUCCUUCUUCACUUCCCAGUCCAGGAAGAAGCGUCAUCCUCCCACUCUUCAAGCUUGGCCUCCGUUGAUCGGAAGCCUUAUCCGGUUCUUGAAAGGCCCUGUCGUAAUGCUUAGAGAUGAAUACCCUAAGCUUGGAAGUGUGUUCACAGUGAAUCUUCUUCAUAAAAAGAUGACUUUUCUCAUUGGUCCUGAAGUCUCAGCUCAUUUUUUCAAAGCUCAUGAUUCUGUUCUCAGCCAGCAGGAAGUUUACAAAUUCAACGUGCCUACUUUUGGCCCUGGAGUUGUUUUCGAUGUCGACUACACCGUUCGUCAGGAACAGUUUCGGUUCUUCAGCGAGGCACUCCGAGUCAACAAGCUGAAGGCUUACGUGGAUAUGAUGAUUACUGAAGCUGAAAGUUUCUUCUCCAACUGGGGAGAGAGUGGUGAAGUUGAUCUUAAGGAAGAGCUAGACAGUCUCAUCAUCUUGACUGCAAGUAGAUGUCUACUGGGUCGAGAAGUACGUGACCAGCUUUUUGAUGACGUCACUGCUUUGUUCCAUGAUCUUGACGAUGGAAUGCUUCCCAUAAGUGUUCUCUUCCCAUACCUCCCUAUUCCAGCUCACCGUCGUCGCGACCGUGCUCGUGUAAAGCUUUGUGAGAUUUUCUCAAACAUCAUGUUGUCGAGAAAACACUCUGGCAAAUCAGAGAACGACAUGUUGCAGUGUUUCAUCGAGUCAAAGUACAGAGACGGUAGACAGACAACCGAGUCCGAGGUAACGGGUUUGCUCAUCGCUGCUCUCUUUGCAGGACAGCAGACGAGCUCUAUAACUUCCACGUGGACCGGUGCUUAUCUGAUGAAACACAAAGAGUACUCGUCCGCUGCCUUGGAUGAGCAGAAGAAGUUGAUUGAGAAACAUGGAGACAAGAUUGAUCACGACAUCUUAUCCUCGGAGAUGAAUGUUCUCUACCGUUGCAUUAAGGAAGCGUUAAGGCUUCACCCUCCGUUGAUCAUGCUGAUGAGAGCCUCGCACAGUGAUUUCAACGUAACGACCCGAGAUGGAAAAACGUAUGACAUCCCAAAGGGUCAUAUCGUUGCGACCUCGCCUGCUUUUGCAAACCGCUUGCCGCAUGUCUUCAAGAACCCGGACAGCUACGACCCGGAUAGAUUCUCCCCGGGAAGAGAAGAGGACAAAGCCGCAGGGGCAUUUUCGUACAUUUCGUUCGGUGGAGGUAGGCAUGGUUGUCUUGGAGAGCCCUUUGCUUACCUCCAGAUCAAAGCCAUAUGGAGUCAUUUGUUGAGGAACUUUGAGCUUGAGUUGGUUUCACCCUUCCCUGAGAUGGACUGGAACGCUAUGGUUGUUGGCAUUAAAGGCAAUGUGAUGGUGCGUUACAAGCGGCGUCAACUUGUCUUAGACUAACGUGGUAUUUGCAACCUUUGGUUUCUGUAUAUGUCUCUCUCUCUCUCUGGUUUUAGUUUUGUGGUUGAAUGUUUCUGCUUCUUGAAAUUGUUCUUUCUCUUUAAUAUUCACUAUGUUCGCGUGUGUUGUAAUGUGGACAAAAAUACCGAUUCCUAAAUUGGAUUUGCCUUAAGAUACUAUUUUUGUCUGGCUUUGUUGUAUUGUUUGGUCCAGUUUUCCUGUUAAAUGAGUAGGUUUAGUGUCAACUCUUCUUCCUCGAACGAAUUGAUCUAGUGACAAAAAUAGAGUAAAUAUUGUCAUUGCCCAACCAUAGAUUUGUUUGAAAUAUUAUCUUCACUAUACAAAGUCCCUACAUUCCAAUUAUUGAAAAAAUCAUCUUUAGGGCAGAUCACAUUCUUUUUAAGCUUCAUUAUAAAUGUCUUUUUACAUUAAUUUUUCUAUUUUUACCUUUGUUUUUAAUUUAUUAAUAAAACCAAAGAAAAAAUUAUAUU